ACAAUAACUAAUACGGUGGAGAAAUUCGUCGUUUUGAGUGGUAUAAAAUGAGGACUCGUAUGGGCUCUGCAACAGAUAGCUCGCUUCACCUAAUCCUCUGCCCUUUCCUCCAUAUAUGAUCGAGUGAAACGGCUGAUAUAGCUGUCGUUUGAGGUGCUACUUGGCUGUCAGUGAAGGAAAAGAGAGAUGUCGAGUCUCGAGGAUAUCAAAAACGAGACUGUUGAUCUGGAGAAGAUUCCCAUUGAGGAAGUUUUCCAGCAGCUGAAAUGUACCAAGGAAGGUUUGACGACUCAGGAAGGGGAAGAGAGGAUUCAGAUCUUUGGCCCCAACAAGCUCGAAGAGAAAAAGGAAAGCAAAAUCCUCAAGUUCUUGGGGUUCAUGUGGAACCCUCUCUCAUGGGUGAUGGAAGCUGCUGCAAUCAUGGCAAUCGCUUUGGCCAACGGUGAUGGUAGGCCUCCGGAUUGGCAGGACUUUGUUGGUAUCAUCUGUCUUCUUGUCAUCAAUUCCACCAUCAGUUUCAUCGAAGAGAACAACGCUGGUAACGCCGCUGCCGCCCUCAUGGCUGGUCUUGCUCCCAAAACAAAGGUUCUUAGAGAUGGGAAAUGGAGUGAACAAGAAGCUGCCAUCCUUGUCCCAGGAGACAUCGUCAGCAUCAAGCUCGGAGACAUCAUCCCUGCCGAUUGUCGUCUCCUUGAAGGUGAUCCUUUAAAGGUUGACCAGUCUGCUCUCACCGGAGAGUCCCUCCCUGUGACCAGGCACCCUGGACAAGAAGUCUUCUCGGGCUCAACCUGUAAGCAAGGAGAGAUUGAGGCCAUUGUCAUCGCCACCGGUGUCCACACUUUCUUCGGCAAAGCUGCUCACCUUGUGGACAGCACAAACCAAGUUGGACAUUUCCAGAAGGUUCUUACCGCUAUUGGUAACUUCUGUAUCUGCUCCAUCGCCAUCGGUAUGGUGAUUGAGAUCAUCGUCAUGUACCCUAUCCAGCGCCGAAAGUACAGAGACGGUAUUGACAAUCUCUUGGUCCUGUUGAUCGGUGGUAUCCCUAUCGCUAUGCCUACGGUGUUGUCUGUAACCAUGGCUAUUGGAUCUCACAAGCUCGCUCAGCAAGGUGCCAUCACCAAGCGUAUGACUGCCAUUGAGGAGAUGGCUGGUAUGGAUGUCUUGUGCAGUGACAAAACGGGAACGCUGACUCUUAACAAACUGAGUGUUGAUAAAAACUUGGUUGAGGUGUUCUGCAAGGGUGUGGAGAAGGACCAGGUUCUGUUGUUUGCUGCUAUGGCUUCGAGAAUUGAGAACCAGGAUGCUAUUGAUGCAGCCAUGGUUGGUAUGCUAGCUGAUCCAAAGGAGGCUAGAGCUGGAAUCAGGGAGGUUCACUUCCUUCCAUUCAACCCUACUGAUAAGAGAACUGCUUUGACUUACAUAGACUCAAGUGGUAACUGGCACAGAGUCAGCAAAGGUGCUCCUGAGCAGAUCCUUGAACUUGCCAAAGCCAACAAUGACCUUAGCAAGAGGGUGCUCAAUAUUAUUGACAAGUAUGCAGAGCGUGGUCUCAGGUCUUUGGCUGUUGCUCGCCAGGUGGUGCCUGAGAAAACAAAGGAAAGUCCCGGUGGACCAUGGGAGUUUGUUGGUUUGUUGCCACUGUUUGAUCCUCCAAGACAUGACAGUGCUGAAACCAUCAGAAGAGCUUUGAAUCUCGGUGUUAAUGUCAAGAUGAUCACUGGUGACCAACUUGCUAUUGGUAAGGAGACUGGUCGUAGACUUGGAAUGGGAACAAACAUGUACCCAUCUUCAGCUCUUCUUGGAAACCACAAGGACGCAAACCUUGCAUCCAUCCCCGUUGAGGAGCUGAUCGAAAAGGCUGAUGGAUUCGCUGGAGUCUUCCCAGAGCACAAGUACGAGAUCGUCAAGAAGUUGCAGGAGAGGAAGCACAUCGUUGGUAUGACUGGUGAUGGUGUCAACGACGCUCCCGCUUUGAAGAAAGCUGACAUCGGUAUCGCUGUGGAUGACGCUACUGAUGCUGCUCGUGGCGCUUCUGACAUCGUCCUCACCGAGCCAGGACUCAGCGUUAUCAUCAGCGCUGUCCUCACCAGCAGAGCUAUCUUCCAGAGGAUGAAGAACUACACUAUCUACGCUGUCUCAAUCACAAUCCGUAUCGUUCUUGGUUUCAUGCUUAUUGCCCUCAUCUGGGAGUUUGACUUCUCUGCAUUCAUGGUUCUGAUCAUCGCCAUUCUUAACGAUGGUACCAUCAUGACGAUCUCAAAGGACAGAGUCAAGCCAUCUCCCACACCUGAUAGCUGGAAACUUAAAGAGAUUUUCGCUACUGGAGUUGUGCUUGGAAGCUACCAAGCUAUCAUGAGUGUUAUUUUCUUCUGGUUGGCACACAAAACCGACUUCUUCACGGACAAGUUUGGUGUGAGGUCCAUCAGAGACAACAACAAUGAGCUAAUGGGUGCGGUGUACCUGCAAGUCAGUAUCAUUAGUCAGGCUCUCAUCUUCGUCACAAGAUCAAGGAGUUGGUCUUUCGUUGAACGUCCUGGAGCGUUACUUAUGAUUGCUUUCGUUGUUGCACAGCUGGUUGCUACUUUGAUUGCUGUUUACGCCAACUGGGAGUUUGCAAAGGUUAGGGGUAUUGGAUGGGGAUGGGCUGGAGUGAUCUGGCUAUACAGUAUUGUGACUUACUUCCCACAGGACGUUUUCAAGUUUGCCAUUAGAUACAUCUUGAGUGGAAAGGCUUGGCUCAACUUGUUUGAAAACAGGAUUGCUUUAACGAGUAAGAAAGAUUUUGGAAAAGAAGAGAGGGAGGCUCAAUGGGCAGUUGCUCAGAGGACACUUCAUGGUUUGCAGCCAAAGGAACCUGUUAGCAUCAUUCCUGAGCAAGGAGGUUACAGAGAGUUGUCUGAGAUUGCAGAGCAAGCCAAGAAGAGAGCUGAGAUUGCAAGGCUUAGGGAGCUGCACACACUUAAGGGACAUGUGGAAUCAGUUGUGAAGCUAAAGGGUUUGGACAUUGAGACUCCAGGACACUACACUGUCUAAGUCACAAGCAAAGAAAAGAAGAUACCAAACAUGUGAUUGAUCCUUUUUUAUCCCUUGUUUUUGUUUUUUUUUCUUAUUCUUCACUGCCUCUUAAGGUUAUUGUUUGCAUAGGAAGAGAGAUCUUUGUUUAUUGCCAUAACUCUUCCCCAGUUUCUAUUGUUAGUGUUCUUGUUUCUCUGAUAUGUAACCUUCUUUAGAAGAAUCAAGGCAUGCUUUUAUGUUUGGCACUUUAAUCAACACUCUCUACUUUGCUCUUA